CGCCAAUGCCCCCCAUACUUCCCCGAACCAAUUCCUACUCUUUGCUGACGUGACAAGAAGUCAAUGCUGACCUUCAUCUGUCCCAUGCCCUACCCUCUUACCCUCUCAUCCCCUCAAUUCACCUAGUUAAACCAUGUCACCUAAGAUGAGAGAGAAGUCCACCAUGGCUUCUGAAUCCACCCCUCUCCUCCAGGUCGUCAGUGUCGCUCCCCAGCGACACCGGUAUCCCCAUCACAGGCUACGUCAGCUCUGUACCUAUAGUCUCGGAAUGCUGCUCGUAGUUUCAGUGUUCUUAUUCCUUCUGCCCUCGGCUGUCUUGCCACGAGAACAUGGCUCCAUUUGGUCGUAUUUCCCUGGAGCUAACCCCUUCCCUCAUAAUGCCUGGCCUCACGGUUACGGUCUCAGCUAUGAAGAGCUGCAGGCCAUUCUCCAAAUUACCCCUUCGGCUGAAAAGGCCCGGGAAUGGAGCAGCUACUACACGGCAGGCCCUCAUCUCGCUGGCAAGAACCUGAGCCAGGCGAUUUGGACUCAGGAGCGCUGGCAAGAGUUUGGCAUUGAGGAUGCCAACAUUGUGGCCUACGAUGUCUACAUCAACUACCCCUUGGAUCAUCGUCUGGCUCUGUUGAAGAAGACGAAGGAUAAGACUGAAGUGACGUACGAGGCAUCCUUAGAAGAAGACGUCUUGGAGGAGGACCAUACAAGUGGUCUUCCUGAUCGUGUACCUACUUUCCACGGCUACUCCGCUAGCGGAAAUGUCACCGCCCAAUUCGUUUACGUCAACUUCGGCACGUAUGCCGAUUACGAGGACUUGGUUAACGCCAAUGUCAGACUUGCCGGCAAAAUUGCGAUCGCUAAGUAUGGUCGCAACUUCCGUGGGCUGAAAAUCAAGCGGGCACAGGAGCUGGGCAUGGUGGGUGUGAUCUUGUAUGAUGAUCCACAGGAAGAUGGUGAAAUCACCGAAGAAAACGGAUACAAGGCGUAUCCGGAGGGUCCCGCGCGGAACCCGAGUGCCGUGCAACGGGGUAGCGCCCAAUUCCUGAGCAUUGCGCCGGGCGAUCCUACGACUCCUGGUUGGCCGUCCAAGCCUGGGUGUGACCGUAAAGACCCUAGCGGUUCAAUUCCGUCUAUUCCCUCAAUUCCAAUUUCAUACAAGGAGGCCAUACCCUUGCUGAUGGCUCUGAACGGACAUGGCCCCAAAGCGUCGGACUUCAAUGAACGGUGGCAAGGUGGAAAGCUCGGUAACAAGGGCGUCGAAUACAACAUUGGCCCUUCGCCCGAUGAUGUGGUCAUUAACUUGCAUAAUCAACAGGAGUACGUUACUACCCCCCUAUGGAAUGUCAUUGGUGUCAUCAAGGGCGCCAUUCCAGAUGAGGUGGUAAUUUUGGGCAACCACCGGGAUGCUUGGAUUGCUGGCGGUGCGGCAGACCCGAAUAGCGGCUCCGCUGCCCUCAACGAAGUUGUUCGCAGCUUUGGCGAAGCCCUCAAGGCAGGAUGGAAGCCAUUACGUACGAUCGUCUUUGCCAGCUGGGAUGGAGAGGAAUAUGGGCUGCUAGGAUCGACGGAGUGGGUGGAGGACCAGCUUCCCUGGCUUUCAAAAGCCAACGUUGCCUACCUCAACGUGGACGUGGCUGCCUCCGGGACUAAACUGGGCCCCGCGGCGAGCCCGUUGCUGAACAAUGUGAUAUAUGAUAUCACUGGCCUUGUGCAGUCCCCCAAUCAGACCGUUCCAGGCCAAACGGUCCGUGAUGUUUGGGAUGGUCAUAUUAACACCAUGGGAAGCGGCAGUGACUUUACUGCCUUCCAGGACUUUGCGGGCGUGGCCAGCUUCGACUUGGGCUUCAAUCGCGGCCCCGAGGAUCCCGUAUACCACUACCACUCCAACUAUGACAGCUUUGACUGGAUGGAACGAUUUGGUGAUCAUGGGUGGCUUUACCACGAAGCCUGCACGAAACUUUGGGCUCUGGCUGCGGCCAAAUUGGUCGAGACCCCUGUUCUGUCCCUGAGUGCGGCUGACUACAGUGUUGGUCUGGGUCAAUAUCUAGAAAAUAUCAAGCCCGAUGCAAAGCAUUUGCCGGGCGGCGAGUUUGACUUUGGGUCUCUGGACAGAGCAAUUGCCGAGUUCCAGGCUGUGGCUAAGCAAUUCGACGCCUAUAGCGCCGACCUGACCUCCCAAUUGGCGGAGGACCUUCCCUGGUACUUGUGGUGGAAGAAGGUGUGGCUCUAUUUCCAGAUCCGUAUCGUUAACGACAAGUACAAGGCCCUUGAGCGGGCCUUCCUGUAUGAACCCGGACUCGAUGGGCGUAGCUGGUUCAAGCAUGUAGUGUUUGCGCCCGGCAUCUGGACCGGAUAUUCGGGUGCGACGUAUCCUGGACUGGUGGAGAGCUUUGACGCCGGCGAUGUGGGUAAUGCUCAGAAAUGGCGCUCUAUUAUCGUUGAGCGUUUGGAGGCCGCCACGAAACUGCUUAAAUGAUUGGAUGAUCUAAGGGUAUUGGAAAAGAUGUAAGGGGGAGAAUCUCUGGUGCUUAAGGUCUACAACCAAACAACAAGGAUAGGGGAGAUAUGACGGUGUGGGGUUGGUUGCUAGGGAUAUAAAUCAUAUAAUAUACAUGGCAGCUGACCCUACACUUACUAUAUAAUAGUUGUUGACCUUAGUUCUGAACCAAUCAAUAUAGACAGACAUACUCGAGACAAAGAUCGUGAAGGAUUCCGGAAUUAAUACGAGAGGGUUGACUCAAAGAAACGGAAAAGAAUCCGCGGCGAUAUUUAUCGAGUUAGAUUAAGCCUGAAGCCAGUCACGGGUCUCUCUCUCUUCAUGAUAGUUCUAGUCUUUCGACCCACUCGC